UGUUUUUACGUUAGACAGUGGCGACUUGCAACAGAGAAACAGCGAUUCGAACAUAAGGGAAGACAGUUAUAACUAUUGAAUGAGUGUGUCCAGAUCUGCCUGUAGAACCAUGAUGAAGGCAAUACGCGUGGCACAGUUUGGGGGACCAGAGGUGAUGAAGGUUGAAGCUAACCUGACCAUACCUAAGCCAUCUGAAAAACAGAUCCUUAUAAAAGUGGCUGCCGCAGGGGUAAAUCCUGUUGAUACCUACAUUCGGGCAGGGACCUAUGCAAAAAAGCCUGCCUUACCUUACACGCCAGGAUCUGAUGUUGGUGGGGUUGUGGAGGAUGUCGGGUCAGAGGUCACAAACUUUAAGAAAGGUGACCGUGUGUUCACUGUCAGGACAGACACUGGAGGCUAUGGUGAAUACACGCUGAGCGACUCUUCUCUGACCGGUGUCCUGGAUGACAAACUGUCUUUAGAGCAGGGUGCUGCCAUUGGUGUGCCUUACUUCACAGCCUACAGAGCUGUUAUUGUGAUGGGGAAAGCCCAAAAAGGGGAGACCAUUCUUGUUCAUGGUGCAAGUGGGGCUGUAGGACUUGCAUGUGUUCAAAUUGCCAAGGCACAUGGCCUUCGUGUAAUAGGGACAGCAGGGACUCCGGAAGGACUUGAUCUUGUCUCUUCCAUUGGUGCUGAUGUUGUUGUGAACCACAGGGGAGACAACUACACACAAACCAUCACUGAAGCCUGUGGUGGUUCUGGACCAAACCUCAUAAUUGAAAUGCUGGCAAAUGUCAACUUGGAAAAGGAUCUUCAGAUGGCAACUCAAAGAGGACGUGUCAUUAUUGUUGGUUGUAGAGGGACUGUAGAGAUUUCCCCAAGGCUGACCAUGGGUAAGGAACUGACCGUCCAGGGAGUCAUGCUGAUGGGAUCUACAGCUGAAGAAUGGAAACAGAUGCAUGCUGGGAUUAAAGAUGGAAUGACGGAAGGUUGGCUGAAACCUCACAUAGGUCAUGCUUAUUCUUUAGACGAAGCGGCUCAAGCCCACAAUGACAUCAUCAAUACUAAGGGAGCAACAGGAAAACUUAUCUUAAAAUUGUAAAAUUGGAUUUGAUUUUACUGUUUGUCGAAGAUAAGUUUUAACGCCACUUCUUUGAUGCAGCGAAAUACAUGGUAGAAUAUAUUGCAUAUCUAGUCUAUACUUCAUACACGUGUGCGAGCGAUUGGUAACCUCUGUAAGCCCAUUUAAGCCCGAUUAAUCCCCUAGAGAACUUAGGGGAGACAUACGGAAGCCAUAGUAUGGAGUCCUUGUGGACACAGUUUAGCUGUGGUCGAGCCUUGCUGGGCGUCAGUGUGAGCUUAGUUAGAUCGUUGGUGAAUAUGAUAGCUAAUUAGUUGUGGACUCUGAUGAGGCAUAUGUUUGUUAAAAAUCACAAUCAGAUGAACUACUUACUAUGUAAUCAUAAUUUUGUGCUGCCUCAGAAUUAUUCGAAUAGAAUAUUAUUCAGACUCAAUACUUGGUAUUCUGUCAAUUGUUGACAUACGAAUGUAACCUUGUUGACAUAUCCGAACGAUUUUUUUAAUACUAAUCAGAAUUUGACGUGUCUUGCCAUCAUAUUAUCAUAUUACACAAGACAUUAAAUUUAUCUUAAUCACAUCAUAGUGGUUAAUACUGUAUGAAUUGAUUAGUGGUCACAAAAAAUUGUGGUAUGUCGAUUAAUACCCAUUGGAAUGCAUUCUAGUUGUGUUAUACACUAGUUGUUUGUAUUGCUGUCAAUCAGAAUGGUCAAAGGUGAUUCCAUAAUGAUGUUGUUUCCGAAAUCAAUUCAUGUAUUGCUACUCAUUACAAUAAAAUCAGCAAAGAAAGAAC